AUGGUUAUGGAUUCUCUUCUCUCUUUGCUCAUCUUUCUUCUCACUCUCUCUUCCUUCAACCUUUUCUUCUCCUUUGCCUCGCAACCCUCUUACAAAGAUCACUGUGCUUCAAUAGUUCCAGAGUCAACACCCAAUGAAGUCACCUUCCACUCUUUCCCUCUUGGUGAUCAACACACAGGUUACUUCACAGGAGGUGAUAGUAUCAUCGAUGUUGGAACUUCCUUGAACCAAUUCUCCUUUUACCUACGACCGAAGUACAUGCAAGCAACUCAAGUCAUUGACUUGUUCAAAAUUGGAGGCACUGUUACAUUCAGAAGCACUUCCAACACAAUUUACUACCGUGGAGGGAACUUCAGCUAUGGUGACAGAGUAAAUUAUGGGCAUCAAAGUUACUACCGUAGAAGACAUGUAACCUUCAAGCUUGAUGGGUUUUGGUCUGAAUCUUCAGGGAAGGUUUGCAUGGUAGGGAAUGGAAAUGGCUACUCCAAAACAGGUAAGUACCUUAAUCUGGAUGCUGUUUUUAAGCUUGAUAAUGUGUUCAAUGCAAGUAAUAUCACUAGCUUGGUUAGUGGAAGUUUGGAGAGCUUGAGUUCUGAAAAUGAAGAGAAUCACUUCGAACCCAUUUCUGUUUUGAUGUUUCCAAAAGCAAAUUAUAGUUAUACCUUGGAUUCAGUAGAAGCUGACAAGGAAUUCUCUUCUGGGGGUGAUGCUCUGCACGGUUUAGCAUUAAAAUCAUUGAGUUUUUGCUCAUAUCCCCUCUCAAGGGCGAUUAGAAGGCUCCAAUUAGAGUUCUCUCGUGAGUGCAAUUCUUCUAAGAACUGUACUCCUAUUGCUGAGAGUUCUGGUCAACUUCCAUCUUUAAUGUCUUUGAAAGGCAUUGAAUGUUCUCUUACUAACAAGAAGCAUAGGUUGCGGGUUCUGGUUAGAUUUUCAAAUAUUAGUAACUAUUGGAUUAGCCAGAAUUUCAACCCUAAAACUAUGUUGGUAGGGGAAGGAUGGUGGGAUGAGAAGAAAAACAUGUUGUGUGUAGUGGCUUGCCAUAUCAUGGGCAAGGCAUCAUCCUUGGUUGGUACUCAUGUAGGUGAUUGCUCGAUAAGAUUAAGAUUGAGAUUUCCCUCAAUUUGGUCAAUCAACAGUACUAGUAGCAUAGUGGGCCAAAUUUGGAGCAAUAAGACUACUAUUGACCCAGGAUACUUCAAGAUGAUAACAUUUAGAAAUUAUGAGGAUCGUAGAGUGCGAGAUCAAGCCACAAAGUAUGAGUAUAGCCUACUAGACAAAGUUAAGCGAUCAUGCCCAGCACAAAAGCCUGUCAAGAACCAAAGCAGAGGAUAUCCAGAUGCCCAUUCUUAUGACAUGAGAUUUGAUAUGUCAGUUAGAGAGUCCAACAAGAGAGUAGCUUGGGGUUAUUCUUCUCCCUUAUCUGUUGGUGAUCAGAUCUCUAACUUAGAUCAGAAUAGCAUUUCUGUUUCUACCUCAAGCUCCAUUGCAGAAGCUCCUAUGCCAAUCCUCAACGGUGGUGGCUUGUUUAACAUGAGCUACAAAAUCUCACUGAUGUAUAAUUCAACGUUAAAUGACAGGAAUUCAGUGUUUAAUUUGUCCUCUUACAUUGUGAGGAUUUCUGCAGAAGGACUUUAUGAUUCUGGAGCAGGAACUUUGUGCAUGGUAGGUUGCCGUGAUCUUCACGCAAACCAUGUGACACCAAUAGCUGGUACUGUGGAUUGUGAGGUUCUAGUGAAGUUUCAGUUCCCAUCAGUAGAUACAAAAGGUGGAAGCUACAUUACAGGAACUAUUAAAAGCACACGCAAAAAGUCAGAUCCUCUUUACUUCAAAGAUUUAGAGUUGACUUCAGCUGCAUUUUACACUGAAAUUGCUGAAAAAACAGUUUGGAGAAUGGAUAUGGAGAUCAUCAUGGUUUUGAUAUCUACCACGCUAGCAUGUGUUUUUGUGGGAUUACAACUCUUCCAUGUCAAGAGAAACCCUAAUGUGCUCCCCUUGCUCUCACUUGUUAUGUUGUCAAUUCUUACUUUGGGUUACAUGAUACCCCUUGUUCUAAACUUUGAAGCACUUCUUGCUCAAAAUCCUAAUAACAAAAACUUUGUGUUUGGAAAUGUUGGGUGGCUUGAAGUUAAUGAAAUAGCUGUAAGGCUAAUCACCAUGGUAGCUUUCUUGUUACAAUUCCGUCUUCUGCAACUAACUUGGUCAUCAAGAAAGGGCGAUGAAGGCAAGAAAGGCCUCUUGGUUGCUGAGAGAAAGGCUACCUAUGUCACCGUACCUUUGUAUGUAGCUGGCUUAUUAUUUGCGUUGCUGUUGAAGUUGAAGAAAGAUGGAGAAACGGUUUCUCCAAUUGCUCCAUUGUCCCAACAACAUCAUUUAUCUUGGGAGAGCUUAAAAUCUUAUGGUGGUUUGGUAUUGGAUGGCUUUCUCUUGCCACAAAUCAUUCUAAACCUAUUUUCAAAUACUAGGGAGAGUGUUCUUUCAUGCUCAUUUUACUUUGGAACUACUUUUGUGAGACUGUUGCCACAUGCCUAUGAUCUUUAUAGGACUCAUAAUUACGCUCGCCUAGAUAAUGGGUCAUACUUCUAUGCAGAUCCAAGUGCAGAUUUUUACUCCACUGCUUGGGAUAUUGUCAUUCCAUUGGGAGGUAUCCUAUUUGCUAUCAUUAUCUACUUGCAACAACGUUUUGGUGCUCAUUAUAUUCUGCCUCAUAGAUUCAAAGGGUCUAUGGUAUAUGAAAAGGUGCCUGAAUCAGAAGCUGAAGUAGAGACAACCAACCUGUGA